AAUGUCAAUAAUUGUCAAGUCAAUCGUCAAAUUUACAUAUUGAUAUUAUUAUUUGUUUACAAAACUCAUACUCAUCAAAAUUCUUAAAACGAUAAAUUGCUGUAGUGUUGUUGUUAAAUAAGUAAUCUAGUGAUCAAAUAUAAACUAGUUCAAGACUUUGAGCUAUUGUUAAAUCGAUUUUUCAGAUUGGAAGUACAAAAUGUGAAAGAUAACUACUUUCAAGGUUGUGUUCAGUAACUAUUGUGGUGUAAUUUUCCUAGAAAGUAUUUAAGAAGAAUUCCGAAGAUGACCACAGAUAGAAUUGAUGAAACAGUUGCUAAGUACGAAAAUUUUAUCAAUGAUGUACUAAAAGAGGACUUACGCUUACUGCACAUAAAAUUGCAACAAGUAAACGCGGAAGUUGCAGAUCUUAUUCAGCAAAAACAUACACUAAAAGUUGUAUGUGAUAAAAAGGUUCACCCUGAUGGUUUUAAAACCCAAGUUAAUAUAGGUUGUAAUUUUUUUAUGGAAGCUGCAGUUCCAGACACCUCUUCUCUUCUUAUGAAUAUAGGAUUAAAUCAUUACUUAGAGUUUAACUUAGAGGAAGCAAAUAAAUACUUGGAUGUAAGAAUAAAAGCUUUUGAGAAAGCAUCAGAAGAAAUUUGUAAUAAAGCUGCAGAGACAAAGGCACAUAUAAAAUUAAUGUUGUUCGGUAUAAAUGAGCUUCAAAAUAAAAAAGAAGGUACAGCAUAGAGGUGAUGCUCAAAUAUAUAUUUUUCUAGAUACAAGUUUCAAAUUUGAUUAGGUGUAUUCCUUUCCUAUAUUUCUCUAACUCAAUUUUUGUAUUAUAACCUAUUUUGAAUAAAUUAAUGUGCACUAA